UUAUAAAUUAAUAGAACGACAGAUGUGGCACGAAGCAAGAAGGCAGGAAAGGGCUGUUCGCCACAAAUUGGUUGACGGUGCAAAACGACAUGAGCGCAGAAGGCAAUUCUACGAGAGUGUGAGACGUGACCCUAAUGAGUUCAUGCAAGUUCAUGGCCAGCAUAUGCCUAUUCACGUCGAUCCCGUAAUUGCCGAGGCUGCUGAAUCUCCCAAUAUUUUGAGGAAAUGGCAAGGAGACGACAAUAUAUUAAUUGACCGUUUUGAUGUACGUGUUCAUUUGGAGCAGAUACAGGAUCCGCCUUCUAAACAGGCAAAAAGGAAUUUGUAUGAUGAUGUAAUGGAACUGCAAUGUGAUUAUGAACGGUACAGGAUACUUGUAUUUAAUGAUUUUAAAAAAGUGAGAGCAAUUUUCUGGCUCAAAUUGCAGCAAAAGAAUUUUGGCCAUCCAAGGGUUCUUCACCUUCUUCAACAUAUAAAAAAGAGCGAGAAAAGAAAAAGUAUUUUUGGAAAUAUUUCUGAAAUUUUUUAUAAUCAAAGGAAUUCUGAUAAACGUGCUGCUAUUGCUUUCUCCUAUGGAAAUUCCGAGGUUGUCAGGAAUUCGAAUACCAGUAAAGAUUGGAAGGAGAGACGAAUAAAUGAUGCAACCAUGAGCAGCUCUGAUGAUGAUGAACCUGAAGAAAUGGAUCCCGUCGUUGAUACUUCUAUACUAAAUGCAGAGUCUUUAGCCUUUUUGAAUAAAAUUGGUACUAAAUAUAAUAUUACAUCUGGAGCUUUUCUACAGCUUUUGAGUUUGGAUCAAAAAGAGCAAACGUCAACCGCUGAAAUUAAAGAAAUUGAUAAGGCUAAAUCGGCGUUAUCAGGUCGUCAUGCAAAAGCUGACAGAGCUGUUCUUAAAAGACGACGGGCAAUGAUCAUCGGAAAUUUGGGAUCUACAUUGGUAUCCAAUGAAGAAGCAACAACCACACUUUUGAGUUUUCUUUCAUCUGCUAAUAAAAAUUCAUUAAAAGAGGAAACGUCUUCAAGUGAUUCUGGAGAGGAUUUUGAAAGAACAGAGUUUAUUACUUGUUUUGGUGAAGACGAUGAGAAAAAUGUUGGUAAAAGGAAUAUGAUGUGCGGUCCAGAUGAGAAUGAUGGUGAAAAAGGUGUUGUGCAUGGUCCUGUUUUGCCAACAAAGGAAUACAGGCGACUUUUGGAACUAUCAAGACGAAAAUCUAUCAGCCCCGACUCUCAAUGGAAUCGUCAUCAAAGUGAUUCUAAACGCGGGAGAAGAUAUUCACGAUCUUCUAGUCCACAUUCCCCGCGUAAGAAGCGAAGAUCUCAUUCUCGCUCUUCAUCUACUUCCUCUCGAUAUCUAAGGAGAUCAAAUUCUGGAAGAUAUGCCUCUUCAUCUCAUAGAGAACACCGUGAUUCAAACCGAACGAGAACAAGUUACCGGAAGAGGCGUUCAUCAUCUCGCCGACGCAAGAGUUGUUCAUCUUCCAGUUCGCCUUCUUCUAGAAGAACUAAUUCAAAUAAGAAUUCUUCGGGUCAUAAACGCAUUAACGGUGAGGAAAUGUUAAUUUUUAGUAGAGAUCAAACUGGAAGUGUAGUACUAGAGAUAUGA